UUAUCUUUUAUUCACUCAACUAAUUCAUAGUGAUAUAGCGGGUUUUUCCUUCUUUAAAAUUUUGUUGUUUGGCGAAUCACUAACGAUUAUCAUUAUCGUAAUAUCCGUUAUUAAUAUUUGACGUUAUUGCUAAAGUAGCUCUUACUUUUUGGAUUUGGCCAUUUGCUGUUGGCACAUCUUUCUGGCUGUUUGCUGACUUCUUCUGACUACGUUUAUAUUCAUUGUUCAUUGUUCAACUAAUUCUACAUUUUCGUCAACGGAUCUUCUCUGUUAGAUUAAAAUGCCUUCUGAAGUAGUACAGAAAGAAGCUGAAAUUGGUGUUGAAGAGAAAGAUAUUAUUGGAAAAUUAGAUAAAAAAACAGAGACAGAAGAAAAUGGUUCUCAAGAAUCCAAAACAGAAGAAAAUGGUUCUCAAGAAUCUAAAACAGAAGAAAUUCAAACAGUUGAUAAAUUAGAAGAAUCUAAAAUCGCUGAAGAAGAAUUAUCUGAAAGCGAAAACAAAGAAAACGAGGAACCUACUGUUGAAGAUAUCGAGUUGCAAAAAAAACGUGCCGAUCAACUUUUAACAGAUGGUAAACGCCAUUUAAUAAUUAAAGAUUUUCAAGUAGCUGUUGAUGUCUUAGGUGAAGCAUGCAGUGUAUUUGGAACCAUUUAUAGUGAAUUGGAUGAAAAGUGUGCAGAGGCUUAUUUCAAUUAUGGUUGUGCCCUUCUUGAGCUUAGUAAGAAUCAAACAAGUCCUGUCGGACUAGAAGAAAAAGAUGAGGAAGAAAAUGACGGAGAGACUUCGUCUGAAGAAAUGGAUUCAAUUAAUGUGACAAAUGAAGAUAAUAAUGCUUCUAUAUCUAAUGUCACCAAUGACAUAGAAGAAAAAGAAACAGACAAUGUUGAUGACAAAUCAACUGAAAAAAAUAAAGAAUCAACUGUAAAAAAAGAAGAAACAACUGAUAAAAAAGAAGAAUCAACUGAUGACAAAAAAAAAUUACCAGAGGAAACAUCGGUUAAUGAUAAAGAAACUGAAGUUGAAGGACAAUCUACUGAAAAUGAAGAGAUGUCUGUUGAUGAAGGAGAAAAACUGGAUGAUAUUGAAGUUGAAGGACAAUCCACUGAAAAAGAAGAGAUGUCUGUUGAUGAAGGAGAAAAACCGGAUGAAGAAGAUGUUGGGGAAGAUGAUGUAAAUGAUUUACAAAUAGCUUGGGAAAUGCUUGACUUGGCAAAAGUGAUUUACAAAAACAAAGAUACUGAAGAAUCAAAACUCAAACUAGCUGAAGUAUUAAUGAAAUGUGGAGAAGUAAGCAUUGAAGAUGAAAAAUUUGAAACUGCUAUUCAAGAUAUGACAGAAGCCUUGGAAAUCCGAAGGUUAUUAUUACCAGAGGACGAUCGUAUCAUUGCCGAAACUUUAUUUCAAUUGGGCAUAGCACAAGAGUUGGGUGGAAGCGGUGAGCAAGCCAUUGCGCUACUAUGUGAAGCUUCAACCGUUUUGAAUCAAAAAGUUAAAUCCUUGCAAACUUUGAAUACCAGUGACACAGUACAGGCAGAAAUUGAUGAAAUUAAAUCUAUUAUUCCUGAAAUACAAGAAAAAAUUGUAGAUAUCAAAGAACGUAAAAAGGCUGCCGUGAGUGCAUUGUUAGCUGCUGUAGGUGCUUGUAACGUAGCCGCAACAAAUGGUGAAUCAUCAUCAACAAUCAAACAGGCAUCUAACAUUGGCCAUUUGGUACGUAAAAGACCUAAACAAGAGGAAACCGCGGAUGCAGCUCCAAACAAGGUUCCUAAACUUGAUGAAGCCUCAAAUGCUAAACAAUAAUUUGAAACCCUAUACAUUUGUUUAAUUUAUUAUAAUUAAUAUUCCUCCAGUUUUAAUCGUUGGUUUAAUUUUUAUUUUUUAACAUUAAAAAUGAAGUACCUACCUUGUAUUUUAAUUAAUUAAGUGAAUUAUUUUUAUAUUUUUUUUUCUUUAAAUUAAGGUUAACAUUACAUGCAAAUAAAAAUCAAGACUGUUUUAUCAUA